AUGGAUAGGUACGGACAUAUAGCUCAUCAAGAAGGCAAUGUUUGUUACUAUAUGCAGAGGCUUUUCAAAUACAACGCCUAUUAUAACGGGUCAGAGGAUGUCCGAAUGUUUGUUGGUGACUUGAAGUGCUGGAUGAAAUCUUCCAUGUAUGUUUGUGAGAAGUAUUAUGAUAAGCGGCUAUCGAUGUUGUUCUGGAAAAAUCAUCCUCUGCAGCAAUUACAUCUUCUUGGCUGCAUCGUUGGACUCCAGUAUAAAUGGAUUGGCCGGCAAGAAUUUAUUUUAUUUCAACUGGAUGAUUGUACAUCAGCACCUUCGUCAAUCAGUUUUGGUGGUGAUUCAAGAUUUUUAACAUGCAAAGUCGCCAAGGACGUCAUUAUGUCAAGUUACUUAAGCGCGACCGAUUUAACGGGGCUAACCGUUCAUGUUUACGGACAAAUAAGUCUAAAUUAUCAAGAACUUCGGGUUCAAUGUCUGAAAACGUGUCACACCUUGGCGGAAGAAAUAGAUCAUUGGAAAAUGACAAUGAAUACUCGUGAGCAGCUUGAUAAACCUUGGUCUCUCAGCGAGUCUGCAAUUGGAGAAUUAUUUACUCAAGAGCAGGAGCGGACACCUGAGAAAACCCAAUUUGAGAUGGCGAAUCAGAAUUUUGUAAAUUUGGGGUAUAAGACUCCAGAGAGCAAAAGAAAUAAAACCACUUUCAUCGAGCAACUGCAAGAGGAACAUAUAAAGAAUGAAUUAGAGAUUACGAGUCCUUAUGGGAAUAGCAAUACUUCAACAAGUCUAAAACCUUUGUCAUUUCAGUUUGUGUCCUCACUGAAAGACUUUCCUGAUGUUGGUUAUUCAAAUUCUCCUGAUCGAAUCAAUAAUGAUGAUGAAAAAUCACUAAAAGCACAAGAAUGCAAAGGCGUAAGUUUACCAGUUACGGUCUCGAAUAAGACAUCGGCAAAGUCAAGCUUGAUGCUGAUUCUACUUGAACUGCGAGUGGAAGAGAUAUCUAGCUUCGAUCUCUACGAACUACGAGAAGUACGAAGCAUAGUAACGAGUUUAGCUUCAUUUCAUUUUCAACAACAAAAUGUUAUCAUUAUGAAAUCUCUCGAUACUUGCGAGAAUGAAACGUUCCAGAACCUAGUUGAUGGUCUCGCUAACCUGGGUUUGAUAGAACUGAGAGGUGUAGCAAGUAAAGUGCUAGACUUGCUCCCACUAAGAAAACUAUUCGAUUACGCUCAAAAAAGAAUACUGGUACUUGUGAAAUUACAAUGCUACACUGGUACCAUUGAAUUACAUCAUGUCCAAGAGAAGCUACAUUUGCCGUGUAUAACAAUAAACGGAAUUAUUAGUGUUUUCAAGGAAGGCCUCAAGCAAACAGCAAAUCAAUAUCCUCAGGUGCUAAAGAAGUGGUGGAUUGAUCUUAAUUCCAAAAACGGUUCUGAAGACCAGAGAAACGGAUUUUUAUUGCAUUUGGAAUACGUCACAAAUUCAUAA